AUGAAUGAUGAUUUUGGAGAUGUAUCUGAUGAAAACUGCAAUCAUCCAUUUUAUCCUUUUUUGCGAGAUCUUGCCAAGCAUUUAAUAUCAAUAAGAGAAAUUGAGGUCAGUCAUGAAGUGAUGGAUCAGAUAUUGAAAAUUAUAACUGAAGAAUCAAAAUCAAAGUCUCCAUAUUGCAAGAGAAAAUG